UUCGCUUCCAAACAUUUUCGAAUUGGAAUUGACUUUUUAAGGUUAUGUUCUCUAAAAUUGUGAAAUAUUUGUUUUUGAUCAGUUUUUGAAAAUUCGGGUGCGAAAUGACCACUAUUUUAAACGAUUUAACAACUGCAGUGGAAGAGAAAAAAGAGAAGGACAUAAUAGAUAAGUUGAAAAGCAUUGUAGCUCAGGGCGAAGACAUCGAACUACAAAACAAUAAUAUUUUGAAACGUCUUAUACAAUUAGAAAACGAGAAAAUAACACAAGCAUUUGUGGAAGUAGCAGCAGAAUUAUCCAAACAAGAACACAACCGAAAGUUUUUUACGGACAAAGAAAUCAUUGAAUAUCUUUUGAAUUUAUUAGAUAAAUCAGAAGAGUCUUUGAUAAUAGGCGCAAUAAGAGCCUUGGGCAAUAUUUGUUACGAAAAUGACGACGCUCGGAAGAUUAUCGACAAACAAGGACUUUCCACCGUCAUAUCAAUUCUUGCAAAAGACAACAGCAGGAAAAAUAAUUUACUUACCUUAAAAGUUAGUGGAUUUCUUGUCAAUUUGUUAAUGUCAAACGAUGAUUUACAAAAAGCUGCACUAAAAUACAACAUCAUUGACGUAAUUGAAAAAGUAUUAAAUAAAUAUUUGAAAUCAUUCAAUGAAAAUCAGAUGCUUUUUGCCUUUCUUUUAACGAUUUUAAACCAUUUGAUUGAUUACAUUGAUGACCAGAACAUAUCCUUCACAGAAAGUCUGUGUUGCACAAUUAUAGACAUUUUUAAACUUUCCACAACACCAGAAAUCUCCGUUUUGUGUUUAGAAAUAUUGCAUGGACAGUCAGAAAAAGAGGACAUAAAAUCAAUUUUGGCGAAAAAGGGCAUAUGCGAGCUGGUAUUUGAACUAGUUGAAAAGUACAGAAGCCAAGUUAAUGAUGAAGAAAGUAGAUCUGUUAUGAAAAUGGCUUGUGAUAUGAUUGUAAUUAUUUUGACUGGAGAUGAUUGUAUGAAUUUACUAUACAACAACGGUCAAGGAAAAGUGUAUGAAAAUAUGGUCACUUGGCUGGAUUCAGAUGAUCCAGAUUUAUUGAGUACAGGUGUUUUGGCAUUAGGUAACUUUGCCAGGAAAGAUACAAACUGUAUUCAAAUGGUUCAGAAAGGCAUUUCGAAAAAGCUCAUAGCUCUACUCGCCAAGUACAACACGCGUGAAAGUGAUAUAAAAGUGCAACAUGCCUUAUUGAGCACUCUUAAAAACCUGGUGAUACCUCAACAAAAUAAACGCAUCGUUUUGGAAGAGGGCUUAAUCGACAUUAUUUACCCCAUGACCAAUUUAGAGCAGUAUUUGGUCAUUUUCAAACUGCUGGGGACUUUCAGAAUGGUUAUUGAUGGCCAAGAAAAGGCAGCGCUGGAUUUAAUUUCGCGAAAAGAAUUUUUAGAAAAGUUAAUCUACUGGUGCUACAACUCGGACCAUUUGGGAGUUCGCGGCGAGAUUCCUCGUUUAUUAUCAUGGUUAAUAAAACACUGUCACUCCUUUAAGCCCUUUCACGCGUUACUACAGGUCAAGGAUAGUGUGAAAUGUUUAGUAGAGAUGAUGUCAUCCAAUCACGCGGUCAUGCAAAACGAGUCAUUUUACGCCUUGAACUUGCUAUGUAUAGGGUGUGGAGUUUCGCACGAAAACGACAGUUCAAAUGGGGUGAACGGCGACCACUCGACCGAGAAUGGAGUUUUGUUUGAGCAACUGGUAGAUGCCGAAAUCGGUAAAAAUCUCAGUUUUGUUGUCAAUAAAUAUAGUGAUAAGAUGGAUAAGCAAACGAUUGAGAAUUUAGUAACGCUGCUUGAGCAGUUAAUUAAUUCAAGCGUUGUGUCACGUCAUCUCAAAUCGAAUAACGUUGGAGAAGCACUGGCGAAGCUUUCGUCAAACCCCAACGCACAAAAUCUUUGUGAAAAAUUAAAUCACGUCAUGAGCGAAAUUAAUAAAAACUAAGUGAGCCGAGUACCAAUAAACAGUUUAGAUUCCUUAUUAGGCAUUAAGAUAGUUACUAUUUUCCAUUAUCGUGCAAUUUUUGAUGUAUUACGAAUAGUUGCCUUUAAUGCAUGUUUUAAAGUGAUUUUAAUAUGUUUCAUAUUCGAUGCAGCUUAUGAAAAAAUCGCUUUCAUAGCGUUUUAAAACUUUGAAUAGUCUUAUGAAGCACGUCAAAUUAUAGUGUUCUUUAAGAUUCAUCAUUCAUCCGUGUGUUUCUCUUAUCAAAAUGUUAGACAUUUUGUAGAUAAUAAAAAUCGAUUUUAUUGGGCUGUAAAUUAAACCUCACUUCCAAUAGACUGAAGAAAGUAGGUCCGCCUUUAUGGUUGCGUAUAAUAACACUUGAAAAAACAACUUCAAGUUUGUGUCAUUAUUAAUCAAUAUUGAUAGCUUUAACUGAUACUUGUUAAUAUUAUUUAUUCAUUACAGUUUAGACGUCACUACAUUACAUUGUAAAUCGUAAUUCCUAGCGUACAAAUAAUUUGUUUCUAAAUCUAAAUUUGCUUAGAUGGAGCAGUCAAGUUGUAGAAAAUAAAAUCACAUUUUAGUGUAUUCAAAACAUCACUUCAUGUUUUUACACAAGAUAUAAUUGUUCCACAAAAAUAAAUAAACUUGCAUUGCAAAACCGGUCUAUAUUUUUUU